AUGUCAUCACCCUCAGGUCAGAAACCAGCUCUCAAGACAGCGGCUUCAGGGCAAAGCAGGUUUCAGGUGACAGAAGUAACGGAGUUAGGACCCGCCACAUCUGGAGAGCGCACGUCGGGAGGGACUGAUGGAACUACGGGAACGACUGGUAGUAAGGGGACGGCAGGUGGAGAGGAGUCCAAAGGGAGAUUUAGCGUAGUAAAGUUUCUUGAUUCAGGUGGAAUGGGGACGGACGCAUCUGAUGUGGCUCAGAAUGGUGACACAGUCAGGAGCACGGGCAGCCAUCGUUCGUCCGCAAGCGGUCAUACUAACAUUUCUGAUACCCACUCAAAUACUUAUUAUAUGCGAACAUUUGGCCACAACACAAUUGAUGCUGUCCCAAACAUCGAUUUCUACCGACAAACUGAAGCGCCUCUAGGAGAUAAGUUGAUACGGCCAACUCUUUCGGAGCUACACGAUGAGCUUGACAAGGUACGUAACCUGCUUCUGUUUUGACGCGCCACUACAUCGCUAUUUACCAGACAGGUGGGGAUUGAUUGCGCACGCCUCGAGAUAGCCUAUAUUGUUGCCAAGUCAAGGGUUUUCCACUAAAAUGCAUCAACUAUUACCUACCCUAUAGGUGUAUAUUGCAGAAUGUCACUGUGUUUGUUGCUUGCCAUUAACACGUUAUUACACUUUUUGUCUAGGCUACUUGUUUUUAGGUUAAAUCUACAUUUUUUGGGGUCUACCUUUUCUAUUUGGACACUUUAAAUCUAUAUAGAGUGCCUUCAGAAAGUAUUCACACCCCUUGACUUUUUCCACAUUUUGUUGUGUUACAGCCUGAUUUCAAAUGGAUUAAAUACAGAUGUUUUGUCACUGGCCUACACAAUUUACCCCAUAAUGUCAAAGUGGAAUAAUGUUUUUAGACAUUUUUACAAAUUAAUAAAACAUGAAAAGCUGAAACGUUUUGUAUUAUAAGUAUUCAAACAUUUUGUUAUGGCAAGCCUAAAUAAGUUGAGGAGUAAAAAUGUGCUUAAAAGUCACAUAAUAAGUUGCAUUGAUUUAAAUCUACUUGAAAAUCUAUGGCAAGACCUGAAAAUGGUUGUCUAGCAAUGAACAACAACUAAUCUGACAGAGUUUAAAGAAUUUUGAAAAGAAUAAUGGGCAAAUGUUGCACAAUACAGGUGUGGAAAGCUCUUAGAGACUUACCCAGAAAGACUCACAGCUGUAAUUGCUGCCAAAGGUGCUUCUAUAAUGUAUUGACUCAGGGGUGUGAAUACUUAUGUAAAUGAGAUAUUUCUGUAUUUCAUUUUCAAUAAAUGUGUAAAAAUGUCUAAAAACAUGUUUUCACUUUGGGGUAUAUUGUGUAGAUGGGCGAGAAAAAUAAUGAAUUCAAGCUGUAACACAACAAAAUGUGGAAUUAGUCAAGGGGUAUGAAUACUUUCUGAAAGCACUAUAGUACAUCUACAGGUCAUCCUUACAUUCAGCCUUAGUGACGCUGUACCACAGGAACAGACUGGGACCAAAAAGCCGCCUGUGCAUUUCUAACACACUGGCCCAUUUUUUUCCUAGUGGCCCCCACCCCAGCCCAUUGCUUUCCAUGAGUCCCCCGUUAUUACCCAAAUAAUAGUCAUUCUGUACAAAAAAAAAUCUACAUUUAGACAGACACACUGGCAUUUGCCAGAACUACCCUAUGGCCAGUCCAUCGAUGCUGUAUCACAACUGCCAGUGUAUAUUGUCUAUGCUAAGCUGAAGUGACCUCGUCUGUCAUCACAGCGUUCCCUUCCACAGGGACCUUUCUUCUCCUUUGCUGUCCUUUGAAUGGACAGCGUGACGUCAGGGGCAUGACCCACACAUUUUGCUCAGACAAUGCUCUCUCUGACCAUGCCCAAACGCUGAUCACCGGCUACUCUUGGCAACUGACAGCCUUUGCAGCCACCAACAAAACAAUGCUGGCGUGGUUCUCUCUCCCUUCCCUAUACUCAAUGGUCCAGUGUCCCGGUCUCUGGUCUCUAACACUUUAUAGCCAUGCUAUCCUGUUGGAUCACUCACAUGCCUCUCAUGGGGGCAGGUAACUUAUAAUGGAUGACAGAGUAGAUACAUUAGUCCAGCCCACAGGCCAAUAUAUUGUAACAUCUAUUCAAACCACAGGUUCUAGGCCUUCUAUAUCUAAUAUUCUAGAUAUUACACAAUGUUUAUGCAUACAUGCAUACCAGGGGCGGCAGGUAGCUUAGUGGGUAAGAGCGUUGUGCCAGUAACUGAAAGGUCGCUGGUUCUAAUCCCUGAGCCGACUAGGUGAAAAAUCUGUCGAUGUGCUCUUAAGCAAGGCACUUAACCCUAAUUGCUCCUGUAAGUUGCUCUGGAUAAGAGCGUCUGCUAAAUGACGUAAAUGUAAUGUAUGUCAGAGGUGCCAUUUGCAGAGGAAACAAAAACUUCCCAAGAGUGAUAUUAGUGCCAAUGGAAUUUGAAUAUUGCACAAAUGCAACUGAAUUAUACUUGAAAGGGGCAAUCUGCAAUUGCUACACCCAUUUCUAGACUCUUAGAUUAAGGCUGAGGCUAGGAGACCGGAUCGAACCGCCCUGUUCCGCCCUCCGUUUUGCUUCUUAGUGAUCAUGCAACACAGAACGAUUUGAUAGAUAGCACAUCAUUGAAAUUCGCCAGAGUAGCCUGUUCCAUCUCUGGGCAGCCGAACUAGUACAUGCGCAGAAGGUAAGGUUGUUUGGAUAUCCGAAAGAACUCCAGAUAAUCCAGUCGUGCAGCCACUCCGUUAAAUGAAUGAUAUACCUAUUGAUUCUUGAAGAAUAUAACUUAGAAAUGCCUCAUGACCUUAGUUCAACUGUCAUACCCCAUCAAAACCCAAAAUAUAUGCUUGUUUUACUUCAUUGUUUGUAAACAAUGAAAAACAUGGUUAAAACUAGAAUUCUGAUAGCAUGGAUGGUCAGUCCUUUCAAAUAAUGAUAAUGCCCUUUUAGUGUACGAGCUGUUUGAAAAGACCGCCUGAAAUUUCUGCCUGUUUUGGUGGGAUGGAGUUUUGGCCUGCCUGGUGACAUCACCAGGCAGUAAAUUUGUUUUAACCACCAUGUCUAUGAAUUUGAGAGGGAUUACAUUUCUCCAGCCCCAUCCGUCAGCUGUUUACCAAAACAGCGGCGGGGUGAACCCCUUUGUUAUUGUUUGAACUUCCGAUUUCAGUUCAGCAGAAGAUCCGCUUUUAGGGUUAAAGGUCAUUUCCAAUUGAGUCGGAAACGUUGCCUUUAAUAUGUUCAUAGCCGAUCAUAGGCGAUCAGAUUGAAUCUAGCCCUUAAUGUUUGUCAGCAUUUGCUAUGUGUGGUAUUUUUCAGGAGCCAUUGGAUGAGGAUGGCUUUCCUAUUGGGGAGGAGUCUACUCUUGCUGAGGAGGCUGCAGCCAAAGAAGGAACAAAGGAACAAGUAAAGGGAGGCACCAUCAAGUUUGGCUGGGUCAAAGGUGUCCUGGUUAGUGUGGCCAGAACUGGGUCUGGGAAUUAAACAUUUUGGGGUCUCCGGCCCAAACAUCACAUUUUAUUUUAUUUUAGAACUAUUCAAACUCUACCAUGUUCUCCUUAUUGCUCUGUGACGAAUCAUUGAAUUGCACAUCAAUGUAAAUCCUUUCAAAGACAUCCAACACAAAUCUAAAAACAAGCUUUCAAAUGAAUGGUUUCCCCCCACUAUAGAAGUAUGUGUUGGUAACAUGAAUGUUGUCACGUGUGUCUUUGUGUUCAGGUACGUUGCAUGUUGAACAUCUGGGGUGUGAUGCUCUUUAUUCGCAUGUCAUGGAUCGUGGGACAGGCAGGCAUUGGUACGUAGGUGAUGACUCAUGUUCAAUCAAGACCAAAAUAUUUACAGUUUCAAACCUCAUAGUAUUGUUUUAGCAUUGGGCAUGUUAGUUUUGCGUCACCAAAAACCCCAUUCAGGGUUUGCUCAUUUUAGACUAUUCCAUUGGUCCUAAAGUGAAAUCUCCACCCACCUGGGGCACCAGGUGACACAAAAUAAACGCACCCCUUGUUGUAAAGUUGGUUAUCAUAAAUUAUAUACUUGCAGGUAUAUUAUUAUUAUGAGCUUUUUGUCUAUAACUAGGGCCCAGAGUUUUUCCAGGUCAGGUAAAACAAAUUCCUACUGGCCUUUGUCACAAUCUAUUUUACCUGUAAGCAUGAUGAGAAUAAUUAUGUAACUAAAACAUAAUUUGCUCAUAUUUUUAACAGGUCUGACAUGUGUUAUUAUUCUGAUGGCAACUGUUGUAACCACCAUCACUGGACUCUCCACCUCAGCCAUAGCAACCAAUGGGUUUGUGCGAGGAGGUAAGGGAAAACUUUAUUCCUGAUGAAAUGCUAAUAUAUUAAAUAUGCAUUAGGAUCCUGUAGCAGAAUUAUAUAAAUGAGGUAUUAGAAGAGAUCAUAAGGAGUAUUGCUUUGGUAAAGUCAUUAGGAUCCUUCAUGAUGCCGGGAUUCAAUCUGUAGAGUGCUGUCGACAGAAGCAUCAUGCCUGUGCAGAGGGACGUGCCCCCUCAGAAUUGUCUUGUUAUAAAAUAUCUACUUUUUUUCUGUAAUACUACUAGCCACCUAGCAAUUUUAUGAAGUUGGCUUUAGCUAGCCCAGAUAGGUUCCCAAUCUCCCAAUCUCAUAACUAGUUACCAAGAAGCCAUUUCAGCCUAUCAAUCAAGUUAAAGUAGCGGGCAAGGUUGGUAGACUUUCUUUUUCUAGAAAAGCAAGCAAUAACUAAAUGUACUGAAUAAGACUCACAUUCCUUUCAAUCUUUUACCCAGAUUUCCACAGAGAUGCAGAGAAGCAGAGAAGCAUAUUUAGUUUAUUUUAAAAAAGAAUUACCAGUCAGGAGGAUACAGACAGCUCAAGAGGUAUGCUUAGAUAUGCAGAAAAAUAAGACAUAUUUUUUUACAUAGAACUAAGCAUAAUGAUUAUGGAUCUAGAUUGCAGGAAAAAGCAGUUUCAGAAAUGAAAAAUUAUCCAACUUCCAGACGAGGGGCCUAGGCCCCCUCCGGACCACCCCCCAGCCAUCCUUACAUAUUUGUGCCCCCUCAGAUUUUUGUGGUGCCUGACGGCCCUGGCUGUCGACACUGGAUUGUAAAGGCAAUGUUCCUGCAUUCCUGGAGAUCACACUCACAAUAAACGCUGCAAAUGUCGGCUCAAUCGGAAAUUACCUUUAAAAGUCAGUUAUAGUGCGCUGAGCUAUAACAUGCUUGAAUUGUGUUUCUGGUCUAACCCUAGUGUGUUUCUGGUCUAACCCUAGUGUGUUUCUGGUCUAACCCGUCUGUAAUUCUUCCUCUUAUCUUAGGUGGAGCAUAUUACCUCAUAUCAAGGAGUUUGGGCCCUGAAUUUGGUGGCUCCAUUGGUCUCAUCUUCGCCUUUGCUAAUGCUGUGGCUGUGGCCAUGUAUGUUGUGGGCUUUGCUGAAACUGUCGUUGAGAUGCUCAAUGUAAGGAACAUUUGAUAUGCCUGUAUAGUGAACUUUGAUUGGAUCGCUGUGUGUCAAGUUGAAAUUUGACAUAGCAACAACAGUAACCGCCUUGAGUGAUUGUUUCCUGAUUGACAGGAUGUAGAUGCCCUGAUGACAGAUGAGCUCAAUGACGUCCGUAUAGUGGGCACCCUCACUGUCAUCCUGCUUCUGGGCAUCUCAGUGGCAGGGAUGGAGUGGGAGGCGAAGGUAAGGCCCACAGAGCAAUGCACUGUCACACAUAGUAACACAAGGAAACCUUGCUUUUACUUUUGACUCUUGUCAUAGUGCCUUUAUGGAACUUCUGGCAGAUAAACAUGUUGAAACUCGGUAUCACUCACGACUCAACUUUCCCUUCCAGGCCCAGAUUGUGUUAUUGGUCAUUCUUUUGGCCGCCAUCUUCAACUAUUUCAUCGGAACCGUCAUCACCAUGGAGUCAAAAGAGCCCAAAGGCUUCUUUGGCUACAAAGGUUUGUCUGAUGGUUAAACUAUGCACUCAUUUCCAGAUCCCAAUUUGGAAUUCUACUUCUGUUGAAUUCUACUGACAUUAAUCUAGUCUCAGAUCUGUUUGUGCUUUUGCCUACCUAAUUGUCAUUUUCAAGGCAAACACCUUUGGCAGGACAAUUCCAUAAGGAGUUGACUAGAGAGCAGGAACAGACUGGCACCGAGGCUGGCAUUAUAUGUAAUGGCUUACGACUGCCCAAUUGAAUCAAGAUUACAUUUUCACGUCGUCUUCUUUUUCAUCCCAAGCGGCUAUCAUGAUGGAGAACAUGGGCCCGGAUUUCCGAGACGGCGAGACGUUCUUUUCCAUGUUUGCCAUUUUCUUUCCGGCUGCAACAGGCAUCCUGGCAGGUGCCAACAUCUCAGGAGACCUUACAGUAAGACCUUGGCUUCUCUUAAAGGUCCAAUGCAUCCGUUUUAUCUCAAUAUCAAAUAAUUUCUAGGUAACUAUUAAGUACCUUAUUGUGAUUGUUUUCAAUUAAAAUGGUCAAAAAGAAACAAAAAUAGCUUCUUAGCAAAAAGCAAUUUCUCAAGCAAGAAUUUUGCAAGGACUGUCUGUGAGUGGUCUAAGUAGGGUUGCAAAGGGAGGGUAUUUUACUGGAAACUUUGCCAGUAAACUACCAGAAUAUUGGUAUCUUUUAAGGAUUUUAUGUAAUCUAUCAAAAUACUUCUAGUGGCCCUUUUGGGUACUUCAGAUUAUCACGUGUCUGCAAUUAUCUCUGGCCCUCUCUCUGACCUUAUCACAUGUAAAAUAUAUGAAAUAAUUAAAUAAGAUGAUUUUAAUAUAAAAAACAGAAGACAAAGCUGUAAAACAUUAUCCUAAAUAUAAACCAUGAACUUAGUGAAUACCAUUGGUGUUUGAUAUGAGGGUUUCAGCAUUUAAUAUCCUUUAUAUUUAUUUUACAAUGCCAAUGUAUUUCUUGUCAAUGUUUUGGCGUCAAACUGGUGGCAGUUGUGGAAAAAGUAAAUAGUUGGACGAGUUGCAGAGGUAAUUGCAAAUUGUUGAUUAGAUGCUUUUUUAAAAUUAAUUAUGCUAUUUUCUCUUGGACCAUAUGACUAGAAACUCAUGGACAAUAUGGACACAGAUAUAAAAAAAUUAUAUUAUAUAUGAAUACAUUUGUUUUAAGUUAUUCAAGUAUAAAUUACCAAAAUUACGAUAGAUUGCCAUAGAUUUUCUCUUAAUUUCCAAAAUUACUGAAGAUUCUGGUAACAUUGAUACAUUACCAGUAGCUUUGCAACCUUAGGUCUGAGUUGGGAGGGGGAAACUGAAAACUCAUGUUAUUGGCAGAGAGGUUUGGAACUCUCUUUCUUAUUGGUCAAAUAAUGAAUUUACCGCCUGGUGAUGUCACCAGGCAGGCCAAAACUCCAUCCCACCUAAACAGGCUGAAAUUUCAGGCGGUCUUUUCAAACAGCUCUUACACUAAAAGGGCAUUAUCAUUAUUUUCACAAUUUCACAGUAUUAUUUCAACUUCCAUAGUGUGGUAAUGUACACUGCUCAAAAAAAUAAACACUAAAAUAACACAUCCUAGAUCUGAAUCUCUAAUGCAAUCCCCAGAAAGGGUGCAUGUCAGCAGUCAAGUUUUCAAGAUGGAGCACUUUCAAUAUAGAGCAAAAACUGUUUUUAUGUAUUCACAACAAAACAUUGAGAAUGUCAUGGGCGGCGCACAAUUGGCCCAGCGUCGUCCAGGGUAGGGGAGGGAAUGGCCGGCAGGGAUGUAGCUCAGUUGAUAGAGCAUGGCGUUUGCAACGCCAGGGUUGUGGGUUCGUUUCCCAGGGGGGGGCCAGUAUAAAAAAAUAAAAAUAUAUAUAUGUAUUCACUAACUGUAAGUCGCUCUGGAUAAGAGCGUCUGCUAAAUGACUAAAAUGUAAAUGUAAAUGUGUUUUUCUGUCCCCCUAGGAUCCUCAGUCAGCCAUUCCAAAGGGCACUCUUUUGGCCAUCCUUAUUACUGGAAUUACUUAUGUGGCAGUGACGGUUUCUACUGGUAAUCAUUAUCUUUAUAAAGUGAACAUGAAGUUACAGUAGCAAGACGAGAACACUUUAAAAUUAAUAAAAAUUCCACAGUUAUUUAAUUGAAGAUUCAAGUUAGUAUUCUCAUCCUUUCUUACAGGAUCUUGUAUUCUUAGAGACGCUACUGGCGAUCACAAUGAUACCUCCAGUGUCAGUGACUUGAACUGCACGGAUGCUGCCUGCACACUGGGUUAUGACUUCUCGAUUUGUAAGGAAGGAGGCUGCAAAUUUGGGCUUAUGAACGAUUUCCAAGUAUGUCUGGGCCUGGGGUAAUGGGUAGGAUUAUCUUAACAUUGACACUAACAUACACCUACAAUAAUGCUUAAACUCACAUUAUGUAACAACGUUUAGCCAGAUAGCCUACAACUUAAAGUGAUAGUUCACCCAAACUACAACAUUGCAUAUUGGUUUCCUUACCCUGUAAGCAGUUUUUGGUUUUGUUUACCUGGUCGCUGUCAGGAAGGAAACCAAUAUGUAAUUUUGUAAUUUAGGUGAACCAUCCCUUUAAAAUAGUAUCACGCGUUAUAACCCCCACCCCGAUUCUGAUUGUCAUUCUAGCUACAGGUAGAAGCAGGUCUCCUACCUCUGCUGAAAGUUGACCUCUAGUCUAGCACAACGCUCUGCUUGGAUAUUUUCAGAUAUGCUUUUUUCCAAAAGGAAUUCUGAGUGAAUUCUUUAAAAUAGUAAUCACCUGGUAUAGAGCCUUAUAAAAGAGAUGGUAACCUUAUAUGAUACUUUAACACCAUGGUAGUUGUUUGAUGUGGAGUGCUGAGAGUUUGAUAUGGGUUAGUGUUGUGCAAUUUAGUGAUAAAAUGGGCUGCAAAUAAUUAUUCAGUUUCUCAUGGCAGUUCAGAAGCUGCAUUUCCCUCACUAUGCUAUUCUCCUUCCUGCUUUCCUUUAUGACAAUAGAUGUAGGGGCUCGCAGUGUUAGUUAGUGGUAAACAAUGGGAGCUGGGAUAAUAGUGCUUGUGUUGUGAGUCACAAGGCAUUCUCUAGGUCUUGAAUGAGACCAUUGACAGCCACCACUGCGCGUAGGCACCCACCCUCUUUGUGACACUGAUAUCAGAGGCAAGUGGUACAGGGUUGCCCAGUACCAAAGCCAAGUGCACUUACAUGGCAUUACUGACAAAGGCACUUGUCCAUUGGUUUGCACAGCAGACAUAGAGUUGAACAAUACACCUUGCUGUUGUUGUUUUUCCCCCCCGAUGAAUACACACUGCAAGCCUUUUACAAAGUGGUCAUGGUUAGCAUUAACCUUUCUGUGUUUUCCGACAUACUCAUAUACCUUGAGGUGUUUUGCCAUGACUUUGCAUGGCUUUCUCCCCACUACCACUAAUGGCUUAGCACCCCUAUGGUAUGUAUAAUACCCCUCUAAAACAUUACCUUUGUUUUUGCAUUUCAAUCUUUUCAAUAGCUAUAGUUUAAUCUCAGUUCAUGAGAGAAUGUGUGUGUUGCCUGAUACCAUUGAAGGUGCCAACUAGUGAAGUAAAGUCUAGGAUUGUUGUCGGCUAGGUCAUGAGUUUGGUGUCUGGGUUUGGACCUCUGAUCACUGCUGGUAUCUUCUCGGCCACGCUGUCAUCAGCCCUGGCCUCUCUCGUCAGUGCCCCCAAAGUCUUCCAGGUGAGAACCCUCCUUCAGUAUUUGUUAUUGUUCUAAUAUUUUCGAGGAGUACAUUUUUAGGACUGGUUUCCCAGACACAGAUUGGGCCUGGACUAAAAAGCAUGCCAAUGGGAGUAUACUCCUUCAAAUCGGGAGAACCUCUCACAGAUCCGUAGUAUAAAAGACACCUGUCCACAACCUCAAACAGUCACACUCCAAACUCCACUAUGGCCAAGACCAAAGAGCUGUCAAAGGACACCAGAAACAAAAUUGUAGACCUGCACCAGGCUGGGAAGACUGAAUCUGCAAUAGGUAAGCAGCUUGGUUUGAAGAAAUCAACUGUGGGAGAAAUUAUUAGGAAAUGGAAGACAUACAAGACCACUGAUAAUCUCCCUCGAUCUGGGGCUCCACGCAAGAUCUCACCCCGUGGGGUCAAAAUGAUCACAAGAACGGUGAGCAAAAAUCCCAGAACCACACGGGGGGACCUAGUGAAUGACCUGCAGAGAGCUGGGACCAAAGUAACAAAGCCUACCAUCAGUAACACACUACGCCGCCAGGGACUCAAAUCCUGCAGUGCCAGACGUGUCCCCCUGCUUAAGCCAGUACAUGUCCAGGCCCGUCUGAAGUUUGCUAGAGUGCAUUUGGAUGAUCCAGAAGAGGAUUGGGAGAAUGUCAUAUGGUCAGAUGAAACCAAAAUAUAACUUUUUGGUAAAAAAUCAACUCGUCGUGUUUGAAGGACAAAGAAUGCUGAGUUGCAUCCAAAGAACACUAUACCUACUGUGAAGCAUGGGGGUGGAAACAUCAUGCUUUGGGGCUGUUUUUCUGCAAAGGGACCAGGACGACUAAUCCGUGUAAAGGAAAGAAUGAAUGGGGCCAUGUAUCGUGAGAUUUUGAGUGAAAACCUCCUUCCAUCAGCAAGGGCAUUGAAGAUGAAACGUGGCUGGGUCUUUCAGCAUGACAAUGAUCCCAAACACACCGCCCGGGCAACGAAGGAGUGGCUUCGUAAGAAGCAUUUCAAGGUCCUGGAGUGGCCUAGCCAGUCUCCAGAUCUCAACCCCAUAGAAAAUCUUUGGAGGGAGUUGAAAGUCCGUGUUGCCCAGCGACAGCCCCAAAACAUCACUGCUCUAGAGGAGAUCUGCAUGGAGGAAUGGGCCAAAAUACCAGCAACAGUGUGUAUUGGCGAAUAUACAGUAUAUACAUUUGUUCAAAUGGGCAGAAUAUUGUAAAAAAUAAAUAUAUAAAAAUGUGACGGCUGGCUGGUGGCUCCGUAAUCAAUAAGCUCCCAGUUGCAUUUUUUCGAUAUGAAAAGGAGACGAUAAUAUGACUGGCCUGCACUGCACAUAGGGAAGUGUCCAGAUGACUGUGAGCUGAUUGACCAGUAGGCUAAAUAUGAAUGUUCUGAAAGCUUAAUUCUAAUCAAUCAUGAAUACAAUAACAAACCCAUUGCCCCCUUAUGGAGCAUCAGUGGGACACAAGUCUUGCUGAGUCUAUGAGAUAGUGCACUAUUAACGGCAGCACCGCUUUAUCAAAUGUUCAUAUAGAUAUUUUAGGCCAUGCCGUAAAAACAGUUUUCAUGGGCACACAAAUCCAAAUUCGAAUGCUUUAACCGAAACUUGCGUGGUUCUUCAAUAGGCUAUGGAUAGGCUAAUAUACCUGCUUGUUAGAUGCGCAUUUGGUAUCCAGCUGUUUAGUUAGGCCUAGUGGUAUUGUCGACUAUCAUCAGCUGAUCCAGGAAAUAUUUUUCUGAAUGACAGUCAAGUGACAAACAGCUGUUGUGAGAUAGCAUGCGAUGCAAAAACAGUUAUGUUGAUUAUCCGCUUGAUUUACAGCAGGGUCUACAAGAUGUAACAGAGAAAGCAUCAAGGUAAUGAGUUAAUGUUUUCAUGUGUUUCUGUGCGUCGGAUUGAACACAGAAGGCUAUUGUGUGCAAUUGUGUAAGAUAACCUAGGCAAACACCCAACGGUAUUUUCCUUUCUAUCACUCAGGACAUUUAAUGACAACAAAUGAGUAGCCUAGUGGGCUUGUAAACAGUGAAUUUGAAUGAUGUAAAUAAUGAUAAUGAUGAUGGUGAGAGCCCAAUAACAGAUGGACUCCGAUCCCUUUAAUCAUAGAGGCUAUUGUUACUUUGUGUCUCUAAAAUCACAAUGUUACCAUUGCUAUUGUCAUGUGACAAAGAGUCUUUUUAAAAUUGAAAUGACCAAAUGUCGGCCUUUUUCGCAUGAACUGUUUAUUUUCAUAAAUUCGGUAGCCUAUGCUACAAAAUAUUAUAUUCUGCCCGUAGCCUAAAGAACAGCUACAUGAUUUAAUGAAAAGCAGCAAAUAAACACAACAUUGUUUCACAUUCUUUAAUAAAAGACUGUUAAACAGAAACAGGCAAUAGGCUUCAGCUCGCUACACAGUAGGCCUACAAGGAAACUCAAUAUAUCUCGACGACCUUGAGUGUACAGGCGUCUGUACGCAGCGUAGUACCUUCCACAAAAAGUUUUGCUUGACAAAAAGACACGUAAGCGGCUUAAUCUGUGUCCGGGAAACCACCCCUUUAUUUUAGACAUUAUUUUAGAUAUAAAAUAUUAUGUCAAAAACAAGUAAACGGUAUGUCCUGUCAAUUUAAUUGGAUGUUAGACCUUUCCCCCUUUAUAUGCUUGGAUUUGGUAUUUCAAUGUGUAUGUGUGGCUGUUUAGGCUUUGUGCAAGGACAACAUCUACCCAGGCCUCCAUGUCUUUGCUAAGGGAUAUGGAAAGAACAAUGAACCUCUACGGGGCUACGUCCUCACCUUCUGUAUUGGUCUGGCCUUCAUUCUUAUUGGUAGGUUUUUUGUACAUUAUUGAGCAUUAUGGGUGAUGAAGUCAUUCUAGUUUCAAACAAACAGAUUACUACGGUGUACAAAAUGCUUAAAAAGAUUCACUUAAUUCUCUCCCUGUCACUACUGUAUCAGUCUAUUUAUAGUUUUAUUUGUGAUUUCUCCCCUUAGCUGAGCUGAAUGUCAUCGCUCCCAUCAUUUCAAACUUCUUUCUGGCCUCAUAUGCCUUGAUAAAUUUCUCUGUGUUCCAUGCGUCUCUGGCCAACUCUCCAGGUAAGGAUUGGAUUUGAUAUGUACUCUCCGAUAUACUCACUGUCUUUUCAUUCAAAUUAAUCAUAGCCCUUUACACUCGUACCCAUAUACGGGUUGAAAAUGGCAGAUUUGACUGAUAAAACCUAAAUUGGAAUGCAGCGGCUGUGCAGUAACAUGCUAUACAUGACGUCAGAGCUCUCCCACUGGGCACCAACUGGUUGAAUCAACGUUGUUUCAACGUAAUUUGUUAACGUAUUGUGACGUGGACUCUACGUGGAAAAUAUAUUGGAUUAAAAAAAGUAAUCAACUUGUUUUGGGGGCGAAAUUUCAACAACAGGAUUAUGUCAUUAUGGUAACCAAAUUUCAACAUAGACAAACCUUGUGUAAAAUAUGUUGAAUUUGUAACUUUCAGAUCUUCAACAUUAUAUCCACUAUCAGAAAAAAACUAUAGGCUGGGUAGCACCUCCUACUGGAGAAUGUAUCUAUCUACAGCUACCCUUUUGUUUCCCAUUCAGGGUUUUAACCAAGCCCAGCCCUGCUUAGCUAUGAUGUUUGUCACUGAUUAUUACCAAUGUACUAUCAUGAGAAUAAUUGUUGAGAGAUCUCCAGUUAAAAACUAAAUAGAUUCACUGUUGCUAUCGAAGUCAUUGCAAAGGGUAGGUUUAACAGAGCAAAUUAACCAAUGGGUUUCAAGCUCUGGUUGAUUAAAAUGUAAUGAUAUUUAGUGAUAUUCAAUUGUGUUUGGUUGUCAACUACAUUUUUAUUUCUACAUUGUUUGCUAAACUGAUAUCAGACACAAAUUAAUGCCAGAAUUACAUGAAAAACAAUCAAUUUAUUACAGGUGGGGGUCAAAACAGUUGGCGCUCUACCCUGAAUGACGGGUCGCCACUGGCUCAGAUGCAACUAUCCAAGCAGUAGAUUCAGCUCCUUUAAAUGCUGAUACUUAAUUGGGUUGUCAAAUCAAAUCAAAUCAAAUUGUAUUUGUCACAUGCGCCAAAUAAAACAGGUGUAGACCUUACAGUGAAAUGCUUAAUUACAAGCCCUUAACCAACAAUGCAGUUUUAAGAAAGAAUACCACAAUUUAAAAAAUUAAAAAUAAUACAAAAUAAAAGUUACAAAUAAUUAAAGAGCAGCAGUAAAAAUAACAAUAGCGAGGCUAUAUACAGGGGGUACCGGUACCGAGUCAAUGUGCGGGGGCACCGGUUAGUCGAGGUAAUUGAGGUAAUAUGUACAUGUAGGUAGAGUUAUUAAAGUGACUAUGCAUAGAUAAUGAACAGAGAGUAGCAGCAGGUGUUCCUUUUGUCCAGGUGUGAAAGGGCAGUGUGGAGCGCAAUAGAGAUUGCAUCAUCUGUGGAUCCGUUGGGGCGGUAUGCAAAUUGGAGUGGGUUUCGGGUUUCUGGGAUAAUGGUGUUGAUGUGAGCCAUGACCAGCCUUUCAAAGCACUUCAUGGCUACAGAUGUGAGCGCUACGGGUCGGUAGUCAUUUAGGCAGGUUACCUUAGUGUUCUUGGGCACAGGGACUAUGGUGGUCUGCUUGAAACAUGUUGGUAUUACAGACUCAGACAGGGAGAGGUUGAAAUUGUCAGUGAAGUCACUUGCCAGUUGGUCAGCGCAUGCUCGGAGUACACGUCCUGGUAAUCUCAGUAUAUAUACACCUGUUCUGAAAGGCCCCAGAGUCUGCAACACCACUAAGCAAGGGGCACCACCAAGCAAGCGGCACCAUGAAGACCAAGGAGCUCUCCAAACAGGUCAGGGACAAAGUUGUGGAGAAGUACAGAUCAGGGUUGGGUUAUAAAAAUAUAUCUGAAACUUUGAACAUCCCACGGAGCACCAUUAAAUCCAUUAUUAAAAAAUGGAAAGAAUAUGGCACCACAACAAACCUGCCAAGAGAGGGCCGCCCACCAAAACUCACGGACCAGGCAAGGAGGGCAUUAAUCAGAGAGGCAACAAAGAGACCAAAGAUAACCCUGAAGGAGCCGCUAAGCUCCACAGCAGAGAUUUUAAGCCGUACACUCCACAGAGCUGGGCUUUACGAAAGAGUGGCCAGAAAAAAGCCAUUGCUUAAAGAAAGAAAUAAGCAAACACGUUUGGUGUUCGCCAAAAGCCAUGUGGGAGACUCCCCAAACAUAUGGAAGAAGGUACUCUGGUCAGAGGAGACUAAAAUUGAGCUUUUUGGCCAUCAAGGAAAACGCAAUGUCUGGUGCAAACUCAACACCUCUCAUCACACCGAGAACACCAUCCCCACAGUGAUGCAUGGUGGUGGCAGCAUCAUGCUGUGGAUAUGUUUUUCAUCGGCAGGGACUGGGAAACUGGUUAGAAUUGAAGGAAUGAUGGAUGGCACUAAAUACAGGGAAAUUCUUGAGGGAAACCUGUUUCAGUCUUCCAGAGAUUUGAGACUUUUUUUGUGCUUUUAGAUGGUUAAAAGCACAUUGAUAACCAGUGGCAUAUAUUCAUGGAUGCCAAGGGAAGCCUCCAAAAAAAAAAUACCAUGAAAAAUAUAUAUAUAAAAACCAUUUUGCUUUCCUCUCUCUCUGUUUCAUAAUUUUUGCAAGAGGCUGAAUGUAUCUCACCGGAGAAAGCAUUCGAGCGAGAGAAACAGCGCCCCCCUGUCUCUGUAUGUUUAGGCCAUCUAUCUGAUGCUGUCUGGUCCAAAAGAGUUUGACAUUGUUGCCACCUGUAGCAUUGAAUGCAAGGGAAGCCAGCGAGCAUUUGGUCUCCCUUGAUAAAAAAAGUAUAAAAUAAUAGCCAAUCAGCAUUGAGCUAAACUGAGUGAGCUCAACUGUGAAUGGUCCUGGCGCACCAAAAAAAGUGUUAAGGGCAGACAGUUUGGACUUGGCGUCAAUCCUUUCAAAUUGCAUUGUGAGCAUAUGUCAUUGACAGAAACAACUUGAAUUGUUGCAUCUCAUUGUGUUGUUGUUUUCCGGUGGUUAGCUAGCUAGCUAAAAUUGUCCCUUUCCUAAAUUAACCAUGGAUAGAGAUAGCGAUUUGGACUUGUGGUUUUAUUUAAUUCUCUGUACUGGCCAAUGAUUAUAACAGCGAUUCUGAUCCAACCAUUAAUGAAUGCAUUGUUCCCCUGGCCUGAGAGGAUGGAAGGCUAAUGUUAACUAGCUAAUGUUGCCCAUGAAAGGAAGUUAGGCUAGCGAGCGAACAUUUUAGCCAGGUAGCCUAGAGUGAUAGACCAUGAAAGAGAGGAGGAUGGCAUUGGCGUUUCUCUACAAGUAGGGUCAGUCAACAUGGUUUUUCUACUUGCACGAAUGCACACACACACAGAAAUCAAAAACAUGGAUAGCCACAUCAUAUUUAGCUUACAUUGACUGAACUAAAUUGUUUUUGGUAUCUUUUAGUUGUCACUGUAUUAGACUAAGCAUAGGUGAUUUGAUGAUGUUGAAAUGUUGAAGUUGAAAUGGUGCUGGAAUAGUGGAGGCAGCUCCUGUUUUCUUUGCGACUUGAGGUAACUCUCCGUGGUUUUAAAUCAACAGUUGUUUAGUGAUACGAAAAUGUCGGAAACAUUAACUUGCUUGACCAUGCUGUAGGUCAUGUAACUGUUUGUUACAUGCAAUAUGCUUUGUGGACUUCACCGGACAGAGGUUGCUCUCUGGUUUGGUGAAGAAACAAAGGUGUGGUUGAUUUUACCAACGCACCGGUACUGGUGAUAACACGAAAUUCAACUAACUUUUGGCUGUCUUUUUGAGUGAGUGAAUAUAGGUUGUAAUUGUAUUGACCAAAGUCUCAACCAAAUAUUACCCAAUCAUAUCCACGUUGAAAUUAUGUGGUGUGCCCAGUGGUCUGGCUCUUCUUUUCACAGCACCUUAUGGGUUUUGACUGACAGCCAUUCUGAAUUUGAGCACCUCGUGCGACAAGAAGUUGCCCCCAUCUCUCCCGCUAAUUAGGCAACUUUUGCAAUUUCUUUGUUGUCUGAGUGAGGGAAAUGCUGUAAAUUAAGAGGACUAUGAAUUUUGCUAAACACCCAUGAGUCCAAAUGUGCACUUCACAUUUUCAUAUCAUAAAACUCAAGUCAUAUACAGUGUCAACGUUAAUGAUCACUAUGUUUGGGCGUCAUACCCUGGGUUGUUUUGAACAGAAUGAGCCUAUGUUUGUCUAUUGUGAAGAAAGUUCGCCGCGGCACACACAUCUGAAAAAUUGCAUUGUGUAAGCUUAACAUUGUAAUAUCGUAUUUUAUAACUUAGCUAGUCAUGUUGGCAAUGGAACAAGCUUUCAAAUUAUGCCCAACUGACCCAGAUUACGAUUUAUAAUGGACCGUUCUUGGAUUGCGUAAACAACAACAGUAAUUGUGUUAUGGCGGGGAUGCAGGGUUGUGUUCCAAACAAAAUAACUACAAGCAUGCUUGCUGUAGAUACUCAACGGCAUAUCUAGGAGUGUUCAAAAAGGCAACUUAUAGUUAAAGACUCUUCUUUGAGUCAUAAAAGGCAUUACAAUUACUUAGGAACUGUGCACACUUUGGAGAGGUGUUUGGCCACUUGGCGACACUAGUUAGUCCUCUUACUCGAACCCUUCUUAUCAUAUUACUGAAUAUAUCCAGAGUAUUUUCAAAUGUCGUUAUCAACAACUGCGGUGAAAAGUACAAUAAAUGUAAAAUACACAUAAAAUCAACAGUGUAAUGUUUGGAUUCAUCAGGUGAACUGUUGUGUCUUCACCUUUGGUCUAAUAAUUUUCCCAUUAUCUCCAAACUGUUCCCUUUCAAUUGCUACAAUGGUUAUGCAUUUCAUAUUUCUUCUUUAAGAAACAUUUCAAUUUAGCCCUAUCCAUAUAGGCCAAUUCCCAUGAGUGUAAAAGGUUAAACGACUUUCUAACUCUAAUGUUGUUACACACUGAUGUCACUACAUAUAUAUUCCCAAACAUGUACAGUACCAGUCAAAAGUUUGGACACACCUACUCAUUCAAGAGUUUUUCUUUAUUUUUACUAUUUUUUACAUUGUAGAAUAAUAGUGAAGACAUCAAAACUAUGAAAUAACACAUAUGGAAUCAUGUAAUAACCAAAAAGGUGUUAAACAAAUCAAAAAUAUAUUUUAUAUUUGAGAUUCUUCAAAUAGCCACCCUUUGCCUUCAUGACAGCUUUGCACACUCUUGGCAUUCUCUCUCUUGUUGGCUGCUUUUCCUUCACUCUGCCGUCCGACUCAUCCCAAGCCAUCUCAAUUGGGUUGAGGUCGGGGGAUUGUGGAGGCCAGGUCAUCUGAUGCAGCACUCCAUCACUCCUUCUUGGUAAAAUAGCCCUUACACAGCCUGGAGGUGGGUUGGGUCAUUGUCCUGUUGAAAAACAAUUGAUAGUCCCACUAAGCCCAAACCAGAUGGGAUGGCGUAUCGCUGCAGAAUGAUGUGUAGCCAUGCUGGUUAAGUGUGCCUUGAAUUCUAAAUAAAUCACAGACAGUGUCACCAGCAAAGCACCCCCACACCAUAACACCUCCUCUUCCAUGCUUUACGGUGGGAACUACACAUGCAGAGAUCAUCCGUUCACCCACACCGCGUCUCACAAAGACAUGGCGGUUUGAACCAAAAAUCUCAAAUUUGGACUCCAGACCAAAGGACAACUUUCCACCGGUCUAAUGUCCAUUGCUCGUGUUUCUUGGCCCAAGCAGGUCUCUUCUUCUUAUUGGUGUCCUUUAGUAGUGGUUUCUUUGCAGCAAUUCGACCAUGAAGGCCUGAUUCACACAGUCCCCUCUGAACAGUUGAUGUUAAGUUGUGUCUGUUACUUGAACUCUGUGAAGCAUUUAUUUGGGCUGCAAUUUCUGAGGCUGGUAACUGUAAUGAACUUAUCCUCUGCAGCAGAGGUAACUCUGGGUCUUCCAUUCCUGUGGCGGUCCUCAUGAGAGCCAGUUUCAUCAUAGCGCUUGAUGGUUUUUGCGACUGCACUUGAAGAAACCUUCAAAGUUCUUGAAAUGUUCUGUAUUGACUGACCUUCAUGUCUUAAAGUAGUGAUGGACUGUCGUUUCUCUUUGCUUAUUUGAGCUGUUCUUGCCAUAAUAUGGACUUGGUCUUUUACCAAAUAGGGCUAUCUUCUGUAUACCCCCCCCCCCCCCCCCCCCCCCACCACCUUGUCACAACACAACUGAUUGGUGAUUGGUUCAAACGCAUUAAGAAGGAAAGAGAUUUCCACAAAUUAACUUUUAAGAAGGCACACCUGUUAAUUGAAAUGCAUUCCAGGUGACUAUCUCAUGAAGCUGGUUGAGAGAAUGCCAAGAGUAUGCAAAGCUGUCAUCAAGGCAAAGGGUGGCUAUUUGAAGAAUCUCAAAUAUAAAACACUUUUUUGGUACUACAUGAUUCCACGUGUGUUAUUUCAUAGUUUUGAUGUCUUCACUAUUAUUCUACAAUGUAAAAAAUAAAGAAAAAUAAAGAAAAACCCUUGAAUGAGUUGGUGUGUCCAAACCUUUGACUGGUAGUUUAUAUUUAUAUAUUUUAUCAAUAUGAAUUUAUUCUGUUAUUUGUAAUGUUUUGUUCUACCAUACAUUGUGCUCUCUCCCUUCUAAACAGGAUGGCGGCCAAGCUUCAAAUAUUUCAAUAAGUGGGUCUCGCUGGCUGGAGCUGUGCUUUGUUGUGCUGUCAUGUUUGUUGUAAACUGGUGGGCCGCCCUUAUGACCAAUAUCAUUGUCUUGGCACUAUAUAUAUAUGUCAGCUAUAAGAAACCAGGUAAACGGUCCUCUUCUCACAUCGUAUUUGAGUGUAUCUGGGACAGAAAACUAUGGCCAGUCUUUUCUCUUGGCUGUCUGUCUUUAUCAUACACACAUAUUAUAAUACUAAAUGUAUUUUCACUAUAUUCUAGUGUUGAUGCCGGCUGUUGUUACACUUCUUUUCAACAGUCAUCUCUAAUCUGUUAUUUUAUUGUAUUUUUACUUCAUUCUUUUUUCAUUUUUCCAUUUUAUUCUCGCACAGAUGUUAACUGGGGCUCCUCCACUCAAGCCUUGAUCUAUAACCAUGCCCUGACACACUGCCUCCUUCUCACUGGUGUAGAGGACCACGUCAAAAACUUCAGGUAGCACAGCAGCCGGACCUUUAGAGGAGCAUCAGUGUACCUGUUACACAUCAUACUGCAUACUACUAAAAAAUACCCACGUACUAUGAAAUGAACCUUGCACCUUGACGUUGUGUACUUCAGCAACAACAUUCAAUGUUCAAAAUCAGGGUCCAUUUAUACCAAGUGUCUCAGGGCAAGUGUACUGAUCUAGGAUCAGGUCCCCCUGUCCAUUCAUAAACAUCUAAAAUGCAAAUUCAGGAUCUUAAAUUACUCUUUAUCUUAAAUUACUCUUUUUUAUUUAAGUUUGUAUUGAUUUAAACAAAAACUAUACAUCGUACAAUGCUCCACAAUAUGUGAAAGUCUAUAUCUAGGUCUUGUGCUUCCAAAUGAGUGGUAUUAUAUAGUGGAUGGUUAGCGGUGUUAUGGUGCGUGCGUAACGGCGCUAAGUGGGAAUUUACCACAUUUGGGAAAAAUACACUUGAACGGCCCUCCAACUGGUAAUUACGAGUUAAAUCAGCCAUGAAUCCCAUUGUGACAGGGGGAAUGGAAGCUUGUUGUGUGCAAUUGAAUGCAAGAUUCACCCACAUUUUUUUACAUGAAAGACAUGGAGUCACUAAAUGACCAAUAAUCUAUCAUGUUUUUAAUAAUUGUUGUAGUCAUUUAAAUGCAUUUAAAUGCAUGUUAGUGCUUUUGGUAUGCCUUUGGUAUGUGUCAAGUACAAUAAAAAUGCAUUUUGACCAAAUAUAUUGCAGCAGCCUAUUAGAAGUAUUGGAGGCACGGCUUGUUGGGGGCGUGGCUUUCAUGUAGUGCUUUUUUGGCAUCCCAUGAGACAGAUUGUCACGCUAGUUCAAAUAAAACUAGAGUCGAUGUCAAUAUCCCAAAGAGAUCUAAUUAGCGUAAUAAAAAAAAUCACAAUCAAAAAUUGGUCAGGUUAAGAUAUAUAUAUGUUUUUUUUGUAUUGGAUGUGUCUCAUCCCACUGCAUCUGUGUUAAAAGGUGUCAGAGUGGGAGUGGUGUUUGUCAGACCAUGAGACAUCCCGAAAAUCGGUCUUCUCACAAAAUCGCCUGUAGCGUAUGAAAGACGACACUCUCACGAACACGAUGGUGUUCUUCGUUUUGCUCUACGACACCCACAAGCAUUUUGGUACUCAUCUGAAGUCAGUACAGCCGAUCUGCCAACUUCUGUCUGUAGCGUCCAAACAGUUUGGGCUACACACUAAUAUGUGAAAGGUGAGACUCUCACGAACAAGUACCCGCCGGUUGUUUUGCUCUAGGAUGCCACAGGCCUCAGAAGACUCGUCUGAAGGUACCCUGGUACCAGUUGAAAAAAUGAAUGGAAGUAUAUGUAUAAGAAGACUGUUUAGUGCUAAAAAAUAAGGGGUUAAAUACAUGUAAAAAACAACAACUAAUGUUUCACUUCAGAACAAACUUCCUUUAGAUUUUUGGGGGGACUAUCUGUUGUUCCAUGUAGUGAAUCUGUUAUCCAAUGCGUUUGUAUGGGCUAAUAGCAGUAAGGCCCAAAAAGUUUUUGAUCAAAUAUUUUUUGUUGAUUUUUUUUAUAUACUUCAAGCAGUCUUAAAAUUAAAAAUCAAAUAGCUAAAUGAUCCUUGGUAUGACCUUCUUAAAAAAAGUCCCAGCUUUGACAGGGCUUAGACUCUAGGUGAUUUUAAAGUGUCAUGUGUUCUGUGAUUAAAGGUUAAGUUUGUACACUGCGCCUACUAAAGUUUCAUUGUUAAAACAGUCACCAUUUUGUUCUAUAUUUGCCAUACAUUUUAAUUAAAAAAUGUUGUACAAAUACAGUUAAGUACCUGUUGGAAUAUAUUUUACAAAACAUUUCCAAAUAAAUGUUUUAAUAUAUUUACCAACUAUACAUGUAAAAAUAUAUUCUAAAAUACAUUCUUUCAUGUAUUUCAGAAUAUUUUUAAAAAAUGCUUUUUCUGAUCCAUUUAACAUAUAUUGUCAUUUACAUUUAGCAUACAUGUGUAUAUAUAGAUUUGAAAUACAUUCCUUAAUAUUUGUUGGAAUGUAUUAAAAUCUAGUAAAUAUAAUAUUUUUUAAAUACAUUAUUUGGCCAAUUUUUAAUAUUUCACAAUUAUCCCCAAAACAAUUUUCGUUUAUUACUUUUUUUUCCCAUAUGGGAUAGACCCCAGUGUCUGGUGAUGACUGGAUACCCCAACGCCCGGCCUGCUUUACUCCAUCUGGUAAACGCAUUCACUAAGAACGUAGGCCUCAUGGUGUGUGGCCACGUCCGCACGGUACGUAUCAAUACAAGCCUAGCCGCUAAGCCUUAUCAACUACAAUGCAUCUCUGUACAUACAAACACAGUAUACAUCUUACAUAUAGUUUACAGCUUAAUCAUAUUUUUAGGAGUAACAGCUUUGAUCGUUUUCAUUGUCCUAAGGUGUCCCGUCGGCCAAACUUCAAGGAGAUGUCUCUUGAUCAUGCCCGCUACCAGCGCUGGCUAAUGAAGAACCGCAUCAAGGCCUUCUACACCCCUGUGUUUGCUGAAGACCUGAGACAUGGAGCCCAGUACCUUUUACAGGUGAUUGUUCCGCAGUGCACUGCUAAAAUAUGUGGUAUAUCCUCAGUGGGGUGUCUGCCUAGCCUGGUCCCAGAUUUGUUUGUUCUAUCAUGUUAACUCUUUGUCAUGUUUACAUUUUUACAUUUUAGUCAUUUAGCAGACGCUCUUAUCCAGAGCGACUUACAGUUAGCGCGAGUGCAUACGUUUUCAUACUGGUUUAGCAUGACCAGGAGAGGCAUGAUGGCACAAAUGAACUGGUACCCAGGCUCUUGUCUAUCAUGAUCUUUCUCAAUGUGCCAAUCACCAUCUAAGCUUGAUACAGGAGAUAUCGGCUUUGAAUAUCGAUAAUAAUCAUUGAGUAUUACUGGCAUAAGGAGGUAAUUAUGACCACACUCUAUGCAUGUUGUUCAAGGGAUUUUUAUUGAAAGUGUCAGGUAAUGGCCUUCUAAUAUUAAUAUGUUGAUGUAAAAUUAAGUUCUGUUUUCAUCUUCAAGGCCACAGGUUUGGGGCGUUUGAAGCCCAACACACUAGUGAUGGGCUUUAAGAACAACUGGAGUGAUGGCGAGAUGAAAGAUGUGGAAAUGUAUAUCAACAUCAUCCAGUAAGUGUAUCUAGUUUGACUGAAUACAUGGUUUGCUCUGGGGUGAAGUUUCCCCUAGGAUCUAGGAUCAGCUUCCCCUCCCCAAUCCUAACCUUAACCAUUAGUGGGGGAAAAUGCUAAACCCAAGAUCAGCAUAUAGAGGCAAUUUCACCCUACAUCGCAUGCUUUCCUGAGGAAAUCAUGAUUGAAAUCACUUUGGCCAUUUAUGGUUAUAAUAUAUGUGUUAGUAACAAGCUGUGUGGUUGUGUUUCAGUGACGCCUUUGACUUGCAGCAUGGUGUUGUCAUCAUCAGACUACAAGAGGGUCUUGAUAUCUCCCAUAUUCAAGACCCAGGUACAGUAUUGUGUCAUGCUGUGUUCUUCAUUUGCCUAGGAACACUCAUUCAACACACUCAUUCCUCACAAUCCAGUUUAACAUUCCUUAAUAGUACAGACAUAAAGUAGAUAGAUUCAGACGGAUGGAGCACACAUCCUCUUUCUACCUGUUCUAUGGAUUUUUUCACAGUAGUAAGGGUGCAUCCGAAAUGGCACCCUAUUCCCUGUAGUGCACUUAUAAAGCGCUGAGAUUUCUUUCUGUUAUUAUUAUUUCUUUUGACCAGAGACCUAUGAGCCCUGAUCAAAAGUCAUGCACUAUAUAGGGAAUAGAGUGCCAUUUCAGACGCAGCCUAAGGACUAGAUAAAGUGCUAUGAGGUUUGUCUGAUUGCCCCUUCUCCAGAUGAGCUCCUGUCGUCCCAUGAGAAGAAGGAUGCGGGUAUGAAGGAUGUGGUGGUGUCUGUCAACAUGGGUGGCAAAGACUCAGAGGACAGUAACUCCUUUCCUCCAUCCCUGAUCACCAGUGCUCAAAACAGCCCUCUCAUUCUCAGAGGUAAUCUUUACAUGCAUUCAUUAGACUAGAAUUAGUAUAUAGGCACAGCGCUUCACAGGCAAUGUUGUAAGACAUAAAGACUCAGAUUAACCCUAUUCAUGUCUUAAAAGUCCACUUUUAGUCCAGUUGGCUUAAGCUGGGUUUGUGAAACCAGCUCCAAAACAACCUUAAACAGCCCUAAAGUAAUUAAUGUCUACUGUUUAUGCUCUGUUGAAAAGCUACAAUGGGUCUUAGUCAGUCCCUCAAGGAUUCAAUGAUUCUGCGAUCGCCAAAUGUUUUGCUAAAUCAACAAUUCCAUGUAUAUUAUGCGAGGGCUUGCAAAUUUGACCAAUCCCCGCACUAUUUCGGCAUAAAACAGUCAAAUCAUCGCAAUAUUAUCUCAUAAAACUGACCCAUCACUGCAGUACAAAAAGAGGGCUCGCAAUUUCAACCAAUCACCGCAUUAUAUGGUUCAAUCAAGUGACACGUCAACAAACUUUUUCCCUUAUCAGCGGAUUUUCCAGACAAAUUUGACAAAAUCAGACCUUUUGGUGGGCAUGUGCUCAAACAAAAAAAGGGCAUCCCUCAAAAAUGUUUCUGCAACCAUGACUUGCAAAACUUUUUUGAACUGGAAUAAAUGCUGCACUUAUUAACAAUGACCAACACAGUUCCAGUCAAAAUAGAAGAUUGUAUGAAAUACUGUAGCAUACCAUUAACAUACCAUUACUAUAUCCAACCAAACUCCAUUUGUUGGCACUAUCAUGUAUCCCAGUGGUUUUCAAAAAGGAGUGGUACAAAACUUGCGACCCCCGCGCACGCACAUGGACAUGUGUACACCGGAACAUGCGCGCACAAUCGCUGCGCAAAUGUAUCCUGUCAGUACCGCCAUAAACGGUUAUGCAUUUUCAAAACGCAAGAUAGGCUACAGAAAUGUACUGUGUUUUAUACCUUCAGUUGGAGCUGAAAGUCAUUCAUGUUAGCAGCCAAUAUCAACUAGGAAUAUAUCAUGUCACUUCUCUGGAGUCCAGAGCAAGCAAAAUCAUACGGCCUACUUGUAGCCGAGAUUGCAGGAUCAGAUAGAAAGCAUGUUCUGUCUGCACUGUGCCAUCACUUUGGAGGGCAGCCUCCCUGCACAGUGAAAGGAAAGGGGGAUACCUAGUCAGUUGUACAACUGAAUGCAUUCAACUGAAAUGUGUCUUCCACAUUUAACCCAAACCCUCUGAAUCAGAGAGGUGCGGGGUGCUGCCUUAAUCGACAUCCACGUGGCACUGCCUAGUAUACAACUGUGCAUGCCCAGCUAGUGAUAGCAUGGCAGCUAAGUGUGAUAUGUUUUCCUAUGGGAAAUUAUAACAGUCCACUGUCAAUGACCGUCUUUGAUAAUAACUACUGUGUGACUGACUUUGAUGUGGUUGCUCCACAGAGACGAAGAGAAGUGCUAAGCCACUGAGCCUCACAGACCAAAGGCUUCUGGAGGCCAGCCAGCAGUUCAAGAAGAAGCAGUGCAAAGGCACAGUGGAUGUGUGGUGGCUGUUUGAUGACGGAGGUACAGUAUGGAAAGUCAAUGCUGUGAUUACAUUGUUAAGCACCAAACGAACGAAAACGUACUAAAAUAGGCGGUAUAUCCAAUAGGAAAAGCACAUUUUCUGUUGCAAAACGUUUUGCUACAGUGAGCCCCAAUGAAUAUGACCCCAGUGUCCACAAUCAGAUUGGACCUCAAAGAAUGAGUCAUAAUUUAUUACCAUCACCCCUUAUUUAUCUGUUCCAAAUGUUACAGGCUUGGCUCUGUUGAUUCCGUACUUGCUCACGGAAAAAAAGAAAUGGAAGGACUGCAAAAUCCGUCUCUUUAUUGGUGGGAAGAUCAACAGGAUUGACCAUGAUCGCAGAGCGUGAGUUACCGUUCCUUCAGUCAUGAUGUGAGCUUGAGGAAUUUAUAAUAUAAUAAUAUAUGGCAUUUAGCAGCUGCUUUUAUUCAAAGCGACUUACAGUCAUUUAUGCAUACAUUUUUUGUAUGGGUGGCCCCAACCGAAAUCGAACCUCCGAUCCUGGCAUCGCAAGCGCCAUGCUCUACCAACUGAGCCCCAUAAAAAUUGCUUUAUUCUUACUUGUUGAUUGAGAUACUUUCUCCUGUUUAAAAUAGAAUGGCUGCUCUACUCAGCAAGUUCAGGAUAGAUUUCUCAGCGAUCUAUGUGCUCGGGGACAUCAACACGAAGCCAAAGAAACACAAGUAAGAUGCCUGCUGUGUCAAGAUCAUCUUCUUUUUAUAUAUAUUCAAAUGUGAGAGACGGAAUCUAAAACAAAAAUCCAGAAAAUCACAUUGUAUGAUUUUUAAGUAAUUAAUUUGCAUUUUAUUGCAUGACAUAAGUAUUUGAUCACCUACCAACCAGUAAGAAUUCCAGCUCUCACAGACCUGUUAGUUUUUCUUUAAGAAGCCCUCCUGUUCUCCACUCAUUACCUGUAUUAACUGUACCUGUUUGAACUUGUUACCUGUAUAAAAGACACCUGUCCUCACACUCAAUCAAACAGACUCCAACCUCUCCACAAUGGCCAAGACCAGAGAGCUGUGGAAGGACAUCAGGGAUACAAUUAUAGACCUGCACAAGGCUGGGAUGGGCUACAGGACAAUAGGCAAGCAGCUUGGUGAGAAGGUAACAACUGCUGGCGCAAUCAUUAGAAAAUUGAAGAAGUUCAAGAUGACGGUCAAUCACCCUCAGUCUGGGGCUCCAUGCAAGAUCUCACCUCGUGGGGCAUCAAUGAUGACAACACAAUGAUCAAGGUGAGGGAUCAGCCCAGAACUACACGGCAGGACCUGGUCAAUGACCUGAAGAGAGCUGGGACCACAGUCUCAAAGAAAACCAUUAGUAACACACUACGCCGUCAUGGAUUAAAAUCCUGCAGCGCACGCAAGGUCCCCCUGCUCAAGCAAGCGCAUGUCCAGGCCCAUCUGAAGUUUGCCAAUGACCAUCUGGAUGAUCCAGAGGAGGAAUGGGAGAAGGUCAUGUGGUCUGAUGUGACAAAAAUAUAGCUUUUUGGUCUAAACUCCACUCGCCGUGUUUGGAGGAAGAAGAAGGAUGAGUACAACCCCAAGAACACCAUCCCAACCGUGAAGCAUGGAGGUGGAAACAUCAUUCUUUGGGGAUGCUUUUCUGCAAAGGGGACAGGACGACUGCACCGUAUUGAGGGGAGGAUGGAUGGGGCCAUGUAUCGCGAGAUCUUGGCCAACAACCUCCUUCCCUCAGUUAGAGCAUUGAAGAUGGGUCGUGGCUGGGUCUUCCAGCAUGACAACGACCCAAAACACACAGCCAGGGCAACUAAGGAGUGGCUCCGUAAGAAGCAUCUCAAGGUCCUGGAGUGGUCUAGCCAGUCUCCAGACCUGAACCCAAUAGAAAAUAUUUGGAGGGAGCUGAAAGUCAGUAUUGCCCAGCGACAGCCCCGAAAUCUGAAGGAUCUGGAGAAGGUCUGUAUGGAGGAGUGGGCCAAAAUCCCUGCUGCAGUGUGUGCAAACCUGGUCAAGACAUACAGGAAACGUAUGAUCUCUGUAAUUGCAAACAAAGGUUUCUGUACCAAAUAUUAAGUUCUGCUUUUCUGAUGUAUCAAAUACUUAUGUCAUGCAAUAAAAUGCAAAUGAAUUACUUAAAAAUCAUACAAUGUGAUUUUCUGGAUUUUUGUUUUAGAUUCCGUCUCUCACAGUUGAAAUGUACCAAUGAUAAAAAGUACAGACCUCUACAUGCUUUGUAAGUAGGAAAACCUGCAAAAUCAGCAGUGUAUCAAAUACUUGUUCUCCCCACUGUAUAUAUAUAUAUAUUUUUAUGGAUUUUCAGAUUUGAUUGAUCAGAUAGAGAGAGAGGGUAACAGUGGGGUAAGAUAUGAUCAUAGGGCAGUAGACUGGAUUCAAACCUAUGCCAACACUGUAGAUAUGUGGCCGGAAGAUGCAGCAUAUCCACUAGACCAGCCAGGCCACAAGAUCAUGUUCAACAUGAAGGCAUUUAUAGGUCACUGAGAAGACUCUGUCAAAGAAACUGUGCAAUAUGUGAAGUACGAAGAAACCCAUUAGCCUAGGACUAUAAUGACAAUGUAAUCGUAAUUAUAAUGCAAUAAUAAUGACGUUCAUUCUGUGUACCGUUUACCUGUCUCUCCUAGUGUGCUUAGCUUUGAGGAGAUGAUUGAGCCGUAUAAGCUAAAGGAGGACGACAUGGAGCAGGAGGCUGCAGAAAGGUUGAAGGCUGAGGAGCCUUGGAGGAUCUCAGAUAAUGAGCUGGAGCUCUACAGGGCCAAGGUCUGGAUCUUUAAAAAAAUGUACAGUACCAGUCAAAAGUUUGGACACACCUACUCAUUUCAGGGCUUUUCUUUAUUUGUACUAUUUUCUGCAUUGUAGAAUAACAGUGAAAGACAUCAAAACUAUGAAAUAACACAUAUGAAAUCAUGUAGUAUCCAAAAAGGUGUUAAACUAAUCAAAAUAUAUUUUAUAUUCUUCAAAGUAGCCACCCUUUGCCUUGAUGACAGCUUUGCACACUCUUGGCAUUCUCUCAACCAGCUUCAUGAGGAAUGCUUUUCCAACAGUCUUGAAGGAGUUCCCACAUAUGCUGAGCACUUGUUGGCUGCUUUUCCUUCACACUGCGGUCCAACUCAUCCCAAACCAUCUCAAUUGGGUUGAGCACGGGUGAUUGUGGAGGCCAGGUCAUCUGAUGCAGCACUCCAUUACUCUCCUUAUUGGUCAAAUAUCCCUUACAGAGCCUGGAGGUGUGUUUUGGGUCAUUAUCCUGUAGAAAAACAAAUGAUAGUCCCACUAAGCGCAAACCAGAUGGGAUGGCGUAUCGCUGCAGAAUGCUGUGGUAGCCAUGCUGGUUAAGUGUGCCUUGAAUUCUAAAUAAAUCACAGUGUCACCAGCAAAGCACCAUCACAGCUCCUCCUCCAUGCUUCACGGUGGGAACCACACAUAUGGAGAUCAUCCGUUCACCUACUCUGCGUCUCACAAAGACAUGGCGGUUGGAACCAAAAAUCUCAGAUUUGGACUCAUCAUACCAAAGGACAGAUUUCCACCAGUCUAAUGUCCAUUGCUUUUGUUUUCUUGGCCCAAGCAAGUAUUUUCUUCUCAUUGGUGUCCUUUAAUGGUUGUUUCUUUGCAGUAAUUCGACCAUGAAGGCCUGAUUCACACAGUCUCCUCUGAACAGUUUAUAUUGAGAUGUGUCUGUUACUUGAACUCUGUGAAGCAUUUAUUUGGGCUGCAAUCUGAGGUGCAGUUAACUCUACUGAACUUAUCCUCUGCAGCAGAGGUAACUCUGGGUCUUCCUUUCCUGUGGCGGUCCUCAUGAGAGCCAGUUUCAUCAUAGCGCUUGAUGGUUCUUGCCAUAAUAUGGACUUGGUCUUUUACCAAAUAGGGCUAUCUUCUGUAUACCAUCCCUACCUUGUCACAAGACAACUGAUUGGCUCAAACGCAUUAAGAAGGAAAUAAAUUCCACAAAUUAACUUUUAACAAGGCACACCUGUUAAUUGAAAUGCAGUCCAGGUGACUACCUCAUGAAGCUGGUUGAGAGAAUGCCAAGAGUGUGCAAAGCUGUCAUCAAGGCAAAGGGGUGGCUAUUUGAAGAAUCUAACAUAUAAAAUAUAUUUUGAUUCGUUUAACACUUUUUUGGUUACUACAUGAUUCCAUAUGUGUUAUUUCAUAGUUUUGACCUCUUCACUAUUAUUCUACAAUGUAGAAAAUAGUAAAAAUAAAGAAAAAACCUGGAAUGAGUAGAUGUGUCCAAACUUUUGACUGGUAGUGUAUAUUUUUAAGUUAAUUUCAGAUUUGAUUGAACAGAUAGAGAGAGAGGAUGACAGUUGGGAAGGUUAGAGGUUGUGUCAAAGGGCAGUAGGCCAGAUUCAAAGCUAUAUUGACGUCGUAGACAUGUGUGCGGGAGGCUACGGCAUUACCGCUAGACCAGCCAGGCCACAAAAGUCUGGAUCUUACUGCCACACAGCGGGGCAAAUACAACCUGCAUCCACUGUCCUUUACUUAUUACAGUAUACACCACAGGAAUCUGAAUAGAAUUCUGAAUGGAAUACUUUUCUACACUUUGUAGAAAUUAUUUGAUUUGAUUUCUCAUACAGGUUGCACAAGUAAACACAGAAGCCUUGUUUUAGUCACAUAGAGCAUAGAGGCCUAUACAGUAAGGAAAGUAAGAAAGCCUACAUGGUUUGACCAUAUGUCAUACUACAGUCCCUAUACAUUGGCAGUAUAGAAAGCUAUUUGAGAGGGUGCCAUUGCAUAGUGUCCUAGGAAGGAACAAAGAUAUAAUUUGGGAAUCUAGCCUUUGCUUACACCUCAGCUAAUACAUAUAACUAAUAUAAGCUAAGCUGUUCUUAUUUCUUUUUUCCCCAGACUAACCGACAGAUCAGAUUGAAUGAAUUGCUGAAAGAACACUCAAACUCAGCAAAACUCAUCGUUAUGUAAGUAGUUAUAAUAUUACAUUACGUCUAGAACACAAAUAUAAAGUGAUGGUAUUGAAAUGAACUGUUGAUCUAUUUAAUUAUCUAUUUAAUACUGUCUGUCCAUCCGUCCGUCCUUCCGACUGUGUGACUGACUGUCUCUCUGUCCAACAGGAGCAUGCCAUUGGCCCGGAAGGGAACGGUGUCCAGUGCCCUCUACAUGUGCUGGUUGGAGACUCUGUCGAAAGACCUGCCUCCUAUUCUCCUAGUACGAGGCAACCACCAGAGUGUCCUUACCUUCUACUCUUAAAAUUCCUUGCGCUCCAUUUAACUGACCAAAACUGUUAUAUUAGGAAUUUAUAGAAUGGGGGUGUUUAAAAAGUGGGGGUGUUUAAAAAGUGUGCUUAAAGUGCAUGGGGAUGUUAUGGAACUAAUUGUGUACUAAUUGCAUUCUCUUUAAAUCAAGUAUUAGUUGAAGUAGGCUAAAGUACCAUAAAUGGUCUGUUCACAAGGACAGUAGGCCUAAUUGUAACUUUACAUAACAAUACUGCGGAGUGUCUAAAUAAAGAAAUGUUGCUAAUCUAUGUAGUUAUAGGGUGGCAGGUAGCUUAGUGGUUA